CUAUAAGGAGGGUCGGGGGCUCCUCGCUCCAAGAAAGUGAGUUGCAGGUGCUGGCGCCACCGCCUCCCCGCAGCCGACUAACUUCGCACGUGCGUGUAACGGUAACGGUUUGGGGCACCAUGCAGUCCUGUGUCCAGUGGUGGGGGCGGCUCGUGAGCCGAGGCGCCAGUCUGCAUGCACCCCACGGCGGCGCCUUGCGGGGCAAGAAGCCCCCAGGCCGAUGGGGACGCCGGGAGCAGCCGAGACUGGCCGGUGUGAGGAGGAGCAGUAGCGCCGUCGCGGGGAGCGCCGCCGCCGCCGCCGCCGCCGAGCGCACCUCUAGGCAUAUCGAGAGGCUCCUGCCCAGGCACGAUGACUUCUCCGAGCGGCACAUCGGCCCUGGGGACAAAGAGAAAGCAGAGAUGCUGCAGACCGUGGGUCUGUCGAGUAUUGAUGAGUUGAUGGAUAAAACAAUUCCUGCUAAUAUCCGUUUGCAACGGCCUCUGAAGAUGGAUGACCAUAUCUGUGAGAAUGAAAUUCUUGAAACUUUACACAAUAUUGCCAGCAAGAACAAGAUCUGGAGAUCCUAUAUUGGCAUGGGUUAUUACAACUGUUCAGUCCCUCAGACCAUUGUGAGGAAUUUGCUGGAGAAUGCAGGAUGGGUUACUCAGUAUACUCCUUACCAGCCAGAAGUAUCCCAAGGCAGGCUGGAGAGUUUGUUGAAUUACCAGACCAUGGUGUGUGACAUCACAGGAAUGGAUGUGGCCAAUGCCUCUUUACUGGAUGAAGGAACUGCUGCAGCAGAAGCUAUGCAGUUAUGUCACAGACAUAAUAAACGAAGGAAGUUUUACGUUGACAUCAGAUGCCAUCCCCAGACGAUAGCAGUGGUGCAAACUAGAGCAAAUUACACUGGCAUCGUUGUUGAGUUGAAGCUGCCUCAUGAGAUGGAUUUCAGUGAUAAAGAUGUUAGUGGAGUGUUAUUCCAGUAUCCAGAUACAGAGGGAAAGAUAGAAGACUUCACUGGACUGGUUGAUCGAGCCCAUCAGAAUGGGACGCUUGUCUGCUGUGCUACUGACCUGCUAGCUCUGUGCAUAUUGAGACCUCCAGGAGAGUUUGGUGUUGAUGUUGCUCUGGGUAGCUCUCAGAGGUUUGGGGUGCCUCCUGGUUACGGAGGGCCGCAUGCAGCCUUUUUUGCUGUCAAGGAGAACCUGGUGCGAAUGAUGCCUGGAAGGAUGGUGGGAGUUACAAGGGAUGCUAAUGGAAAAGAAGUAUAUCGUCUUGCCUUACAAACCAGAGAACAGCAUAUCAGAAGAGAUAAGGCUACAAGCAACAUUUGCACUGCCCAGGCCCUUCUGGCUAACAUGGCUGCCAUGUAUGGAGUCUAUCAUGGUGCUAAUGGAUUAAAGCACAUUGCCAGGAGAGUACACAAUGCCACUCUAAUCUUAGCUGAAGGUCUGAAGAGAGCUGGUCAUAAACUCCAACAUGACCUAUUUUUUGAUACCUUGAAAAUCCAGUGUGGGUGUGGUGUCCAAGAAGUCUUGCACAGGGCGGCUCAGAGGCAGAUAAACCUGCGGAUUUGCAAUGAUGGCACACUUGGAAUAUCUCUUGAUGAAACUGUAACUGAGAAAGACCUAGAUGACCUAUUGUGGAUCUUUGGCUGUGAAUCUUCAGCUGAACUGGUUGCAGAGAGCAUGGAUGAAGAAACCAGAGGCAUUUUUGGCACUGCAUUUAAGAGAACUUCAAAAUUUCUAACACAUCAAGUAUUCAACAGUUAUCACUCUGAAACAAAUAUUGUCCGGUAUAUGAAAAGGUUAGAAAACAAAGACAUUUCCCUUGUUCACAGCAUGAUUCCUUUGGGAUCCUGCACAAUGAAGUUGAAUAGUUCAUCAGAACUUACACCUAUUACAUGGAAGGAAUUUGCCAAUAUCCACCCCUUUGUGCCUCUAGAUCAGGCUCAAGGAUACCAGCGACUUUUCAGGGAGCUUGAGAAAGAUCUGUGUGAAAUCACGGGCUAUGACAAAAUUUCUUUUCAGCCAAACAGUGGAGCUCAAGGUGAAUACGCUGGACUGGCUGCAAUCAAGGCUUAUUUAAAUGCAAAAGGAGAAUCCCAGCGAAGUGUUUGUCUCAUCCCUAAAUCUGCACAUGGUACCAAUCCAGCAAGUGCUCAGAUGGCAGGACUGAAGAUUCAGCCAGUGGAAGUAGAUAAAAAUGGAAGCAUUGAUGUUGCCCAUCUUAAGGCAAUGGUGGAUAAGCACAAGGAAAAACUAGCUGCUAUCAUGAUCACAUACCCAUCCACUAAUGGUGUCUUUGAAGAGGACAUUAGUGAUGUGUGUGACUUGAUUCACAAACAUGGAGGCCAGGUUUAUCUUGACGGAGCAAAUAUGAAUGCCCAGGUUGGCCUGUGUCGUCCCGGAGACUAUGGGUCAGAUGUCUCUCAUUUAAAUCUUCACAAAACAUUUUGCAUUCCUCACGGCGGAGGAGGACCUGGCAUGGGACCAAUUGGAGUGAAGAAGCAUUUGGCUCCAUUCCUGCCUAGCCACCCUGUCAUUGCAUUGCAGCAGGAUAAGGACUCCAGCCCAUUAGGAACAAUCAGUGCUGCCCCUUGGGGGUCCAGUGCUAUAUUGCCCAUUUCCUGGGCUUAUAUCAAGAUGAUGGGAGGAAAGGGCCUUAAACAUGCAUCUGAAAUUGCAAUAUUAAAUGCUAACUACAUGGCAAAGAGGUUAGAGAAGCACUACAAAAUCCUCUUUAGAGGAGCUAGAGGUUAUGUAGCUCAUGAAUUUAUUUUGGACACCCGACCUUUCAAGAAAACAGCAAAUAUUGAAGCUGUGGAUGUUGCUAAGCGGCUUCAGGAUUAUGGAUUCCAUGCUCCAACUAUGUCCUGGCCAGUGGCAGGGACUCUUAUGAUUGAACCAACAGAGUCUGAAGACAAGGCGGAAUUAGAUAGAUUUUGUGAUGCGAUGAUCAGCAUUCGACAAGAAAUUGCUGAUAUAGAAGAAGGGAGAAUGGACACUAGAGUUAACCCAUUAAAGAUGUCACCACACACCUUGACCUGCAUUGCUGCUCAGAACUGGGAUCGCCCGUACUCUAGAGAAGUAGCUGUUUUUCCAUUACCUUUUGUGAAACCUGAAAAUAAAUUCUGGCCCACAAUUGCUAGAAUUGAUGACAUCUACGGAGAUCAGCAUCUGGUUUGUACCUGCCCACCGAUGGAAGUCUACGAAUCUCCUUUCUCUGAGCAGAAAAGAGCAUCAUCUUAGGACCAGCCUCCCCUCAAAUCACCCGGUUUCUUUUGCGGUGACGGGGCUCAAUCUCCCUGGCUACAUUUCAUUUCAUGAAAAUGGAUGGGUUUUUCUGGCCCAGCGAGCAAACUUUAUAUACAGUGUAUAUUUUUGUAAUCUCCACAAUUAAAUUCCUGUGCAGCUACCUGUAAAUAGACUUGCAUUAGGUGAAAACAAACUGACAAUGCAGUGCCUCAGUUUUCCUAGCAGUCCAUACUGAAGUGGCCUUGAUUUAGCACUCUUUUUCUAUUCAAACGAGGGCUGCUUUCCAGUGAUUAAGGAUUUAAACAUAGAACUGUAUGAAAUAAACUAAAACGUUUUUAUUUAAACUGCAUCAUGGCAAUGCUCCUCAAAGUGCUCUGUGAUACAGAGCAACUCCAAUUUAUUUUAAAGGGUCUGUUCUGUUUUAUUCCUUCUGAGGCUCAGGCUGUUUGGUGACUAAAUGUAGUUACUAUUCACUUUGUAUGAACUGAAGAUGUAGGCCACAAUCAGCAUAGUUAGGUAUGCUGAAACCCAGUACAAGAAGCUUCAAUGUGUACCUCACUCUGUGUUUGAUUGUGGUGGUAGACUCAGCUUGUUUAUAUUAAUUCAGCUUAUAUGUAUUACCUCUACCACUGAUCAUGUCAUGAAGUAUUUUCCCUUUUUUAAACUCCCAAUGUUUGCAUUCCAAUAAAAAACAACUAGUUGACUUGA